AUGGCCAAAACAUCUAAAGCAUUCAAGAAGUUUGCUUCGUCAGGUAAACUGAAAGAUCAAAUUGCCAAUAGAAGAUCAAAACAACAAUCAAAGAGAAAAGCAGAUGAUAGAAAAUCACAAAGACAAAAACAACGUGGUAACGCAGAUGAAUCAGAUCAUGAGGGAAAUGGACAAGAUGACGAUGAUGAUGAGAGAGAAGCUAGAAAAGUUGGUUUACCAGGAUCAGGUGGUAAAGCUGGUGGAGUAGCUAAAACCGUUGAGGAACUGUUUGGUACAGGUGGCUUGGAUGUGGAUGCCGGUGAGGAAUCUGAACUCGAAGAACUUGAUUCACAAGAUGAAGAGGAUUCAGAUGAUUUAGAAGAUGAAGAGGGUCAGGAAGAAGAUGGAAUUCUGGAUGAACAAGCUAUGAAAAAAGCUAUGAAAGAAUUGGAAAAGAAGGAUCCUGAAUUUUUCAAGUAUCUCAAAGAGAACGAUGAAGAACUGUUGGAUUUCGGUAAAGGUAAAGGCACGUCGCAAGCAAAAGGAAAAGGGAAGAGUAAACAAGAUGAAGAUGAAGAAAUGGCAAGUGAUGAAGAUGAAGAGAUGGAAGAUGAUGACGACGAAGAAGAAGAAGAGGAAAGAAAGAAGAUCAGCGUUAACGGUAAAAUGUUGAGAGGAUGGCAAGAGGGUAUGCUCAAGCAACACUCUGUUCGAUCCUUGAGGAAGACAUUACUUGCCUUCCGUGCUGCAGCUCAUAUGAACGAAGAAGAUGGCGAUCAAGGUAGUGGAAUGGAUACCAAGUAUACUAUCGAUAGUGCUCAAGUCUUCAACAAGCUUGUCGUCACUGCUUUGAAAUAUACCCCUGUCGUAGUAGCUCACCACUUCCCAUAUAAGACAUUGGCAAACGGCAGAAUCAAACUUCAACCACCCAAGACACCUAAUCAAUCUCUCAAUCGAAUCAUCCUUUCUCACUUCUCUACCUUAUUGCACUUGAUUAAAUCACUUCCCUCUACUCCAUCAUCAUUGUCUUCCGGAUCAACAGACGAGGAUGCCGGCUCACUCUUACUUGUUGCCGUCAACGAGUCUACCAAAUUGCUGCCGUGGAUCAUGAGCGCGAGGAAGCAUCUCAGGGCCUAUUUGAAAGUCAUGCUGGAGAUUUGGGGUUCAGCAGGUGAUCAAGUUCGAAUUGCAUCUUUCUUAGCUGUCAGGAAAUUGUUCGUCAUGGGUGACGAUGCUGUCAAGGACUUGUGUUUGAGAAAUAUCUACCGAUCUCUUCUUCCGCCUUUAAGAAACACGACACCUCAUACAUUACCUUCUUUGAAUUUGAUGAAAAACACCGCAUCAGAGUUAUAUCAAUUAUCACCCCAACUAUCAUAUCAACAUGCUUUCGGUUUCAUUAGAAUGUUAGCUGUUCAUCUGCGAAACGUAGUUCGAUCCUCCACCUCCGGUAAAGCAGGUGACAAUCAACAAGCAUUCAAAGCUGUUUACAACUGGCAAUUCGUUCAUUGUAUAGAUUUCUGGAGCCAAGUCCUUGCUGGAUCAGCGAGCUUGGAGACUCAACGUGAAAAUGCAGGACUGGAAAGUCCAUUGAAACCGCUCAUUUUCCCUCUUGUACAGAUCUCUUUGGGUGUCGUAAGACUUCUCCCAUCUUCUCGAUAUUUCCCUUUACGAUUCCACAUCCUUCAUUCAUUACUCCGAAUAAUCCAUCGAACAGGUACAUAUAUACCAUUAGCACCAUUCUUAUUGGAGAUACUUGAUUCUACGGAAUUCAGAAGGUCGAAUCCUAAGAAAGCUACGUUGAAACCAUUAGAUUUCGAGUAUAUAAUCAGAGCUCCGGCUGCGUACCCCAAAACAAGAGUUUUCCAAGAGGGUUUAGGAGAAGAAAUCAUUUUCUUAUUAGGAGAAUACCAUUCUGCCUUAUCAACAAAUAUCGCAUUCCCAGAAUUGAUCUUACCUAUCAUUAUAACGAUUAAAAGACAUAUCAAGAAGGGUACUGCGGGAUCACCAAAAGUCGUUUCCUCAUUAAAAGUUCUUAUUGAUAAAUUAGAAUCAACAAAGACGUUUAUUGAACAAAAGAGACGAAACGUUUCUUUUGCUCCUAGAGAUAAAUCUGAAGUUGAUCAGUUCCUUCAAGGAGUAAAUGUCGAUACUACACCUAUAGGUAAUUGGAUGAGAUUACAAAGGAAAGUAAGAGAAAAGAGAAGAGAAGAGGUAGAGAGAUCUUAUAAGGAGAAAGCAGGUCAUGAUGACGAGGAUGAGAGUGGUUAG